CCAUCCCUUUGGACAGUAGCGUGUCUCUUCGCCUUCGCUCUCGCUGUAAAAGGAGGUCACGAGCUCGCGACCCCUUUUUACCUUCAUCAUCAAAAACCCUAACCCUCGAAAAAGAGCUCAAUAACGGAGAGAUCUGAGGUCUAGAAGCGGUUCGAUCACGGGCGAUCGCUGUCUCUUUCCUCCAACUGCACCGGAUUCUGAGGUGAUUGAAGACGCCACGCUAUCGGAUCGAUUAGGGAUUUGAUGUGAAGAGAACUGUAGAGAGGGAGAGGGAGCUAGAGAGAGAGAGAUUGAGGAGUUCGUCGUCGUCGACGGAUGGAUCGCCAAGCGGUGACGGUGGGCCCCGGGAUGGAUCUGCCGAUAAUGCACGAUAGCGAUCGGUACGAGCUUGUGAGGGACAUCGGAGCUGGGAAUUUUGGGAUCGCGAGGCUGAUGAGGGAUAAGCAGACGAAGGAGCUUGUUGCUGUUAAGUAUAUCGAGAGAGGCGAAAAGAUAGAUGAAAAUGUUCAGCGUGAGAUUAUUAAUCACAGAUCAUUGAGGCACCCAAAUAUUAUUAGAUUCAAAGAGGUCAUUUUAACUCCAACUCAUCUAGCAAUUGUUAUGGAGUAUGCUUCCGGUGGUGAGCUUUUUGAGCGCAUCUGCAAUGCCGGUCGAUUUAGCGAGGAUGAGGCCCGCUUCUUUUUCCAACAACUUAUAUCAGGAGUUAGCUAUUGUCAUUCAAUGCAAGUGUGUCACCGUGACUUAAAACUAGAGAACACCUUAUUGGAUGGAAGUACCGCUCCUCGUUUGAAGAUUUGUGAUUUUGGCUAUUCCAAGUCGUCAGUCCUGCAUUCACAGCCGAAAUCAACUGUUGGAACCCCUGCAUAUAUUGCUCCAGAAGUUUUGCUCAAGAAGGAGUAUGACGGCAAGAUAGCAGAUGUCUGGUCUUGUGGAGUUACUCUGUAUGUGAUGUUAGUGGGUGCAUAUCCAUUCGAGGAUCCUGAAGAGCCCAAGAAUUUUCGGAAAACAAUUCAGCGUAUAUUGAAUGUUCAAUAUUCAAUUCCAGAUUAUGUUCACAUAUCUGAGGAGUGCCGGCACCUAAUCUCUAGAAUUUUUGUUGCUAAUCCUGCUACGAGGAUAUCAAUGUCGGAGAUACGCACCCACUCCUGGUUCUUGAAGAAUCUUCCCGCAGACCUAAUGGAUGACAACAUGAUGAGCAACCAGUAUGAGGAGCCCGAUCAGCCUAUGCAGAGUGUCGACGAGAUAAUGCAGAUAAUUGCAGAAGCUACUAUCCCUGCAGCUGGAACUCGUGGCAUCGGCCAGUUUAUCACCGAUAGCCUCGAUAUGGACGAUGACAUGGAGGACCUCGACUCUGAUCCUGAUCUUGAUGUUGAUAGCAGUGGCGAGAUAGUCUAUGCUAUGUGAUCAGUGUUGUUUUAGGAUAGGGGAGUAUCAAGAGGGUUUGAUAUAUGUAUGAACUUUGUGAGCAAAAUGUGGAAAGGGGAAAGGUGUUCACUGCUAAUUGUGCGUGCUUGUAUUUUAUAAGAACAUAUGAAGCUUGUUACUGCUGCAGCCUGCCCUAUAUAUGCAAUGUUUUUACCUCCUUUGUCAUA